AUGGACACCUCGGUGAAAAAGGCUUGUCUUUAUGCAGCUCUGCUCACGGUAGGUUUGACUGUCCUGUAGUGUAGGAGAGGGUUUUCAUAUUAUUGUUUGCAAAAUAAGCAUAUCCUUUCGUAAUGUUGUUCUUUCAAAAUUGUUCCUAUAUGCACACAUUAUCAGUAUUAUAAAUGACUGACUGUGAUGUGAAUUGUUGCACUUUAUUUAUGCUACAUGACAGUCUUUAAGUUAAGGAUAGGCUCUGAAAUGUUCUCCCAGCAGUGUUUUUACCUGUCUUCUUCCUUAGGUUUGGUCUGUGCUGGUGAAAGCUGAGCCCAGCUGUAGUGAGACUGAGUUCUUACACCUAAAUGGCAUUUGUGUUGCCUGCCCUGUGUGUGGGCCCGGAGAACAGCUCUCAGAGGUAACUUACAUAAAAACAAAAAUAAAAAUAAAAACAGUAGUGUAUUAACAUUUUCCUUUAGAUUUUCUUUCCUUCACCAGUCAUGACUCCAUCAGUAAGUUUAUCGUGCAUCAACAGGACUGUGGUUUUGGGGAUGCUGGUCAAGGUGUCUGUAUUCUGUGUGAAGAGGGCAGGUUCAGUGCAGAUACAAGUGUAGCUCCAUGCAUGCGAUGCAUCCAGUGCAAUCUGCUGAACCGCCUGGAGAAGUCAGCAUGCUCACCCAGCAGUGACGCCCAGUGUGGUCAGUGCCUCCCAGGGUGAGCUACACUUACAGUUCAGCUACACAACCAAAAAUAUGUUAACAUGUUUGUUCAUUGGAUAACACAGUUGUUUGCGCAGGUAUUAUGAACUCAGGACUAUGACUGGGGAAGCUGAGCUGCCAUGUUUGCCAUGUUUCAGACAUGACACAGUCCAUAAAGAGUGUUUGUUUCUGAUGCCUCAAGGCCCUAAAGCAGGUAUGACACAAAGAUAAACAAUAGAGCCACAAUAAGAUUGUAUAUAUAGUUUCAUUGCCAGAUGAUUUUCUAGAUCUGUACGAUAAGAGUUAAAAUAGUCCUGUCUUGACAGAGAGUGCAACCACUGUGCCCAUGGGGGAUUUCACAGAACCUGAAGAGCAGAGUGAGUAACCCUGAGGAUUAUCACCACCAACACGAUCCAUUUUUCCAGUUUAACUUGACUGUUUUCAAUGAAGGUGUCAAAGGCGAGACAUUUUCGACGGUCCUGAUUGGUUCAGCAACAGCUUCCCUCAUCUUCCUGGUUGCUCUGCUGCUGUGGGCUUUCUUUCUGACUGCAGAGCAACUCAGUGAGUUACAAACACAACUUCUCUGCUCCUCUUUUCAAUUUCUCUUUUGUUUUGCCGAGUUAAUUUGGAUCAUAUGCUCCUGUUGCAUGGUUCAGAGCCAGUUCCUGAGUAUUUCCCUGCGCCUGAAGCACUGUUGUCUGCAGGGGACCCUAAACACAAACCUUUGUCCAGGCCCACAGAGGCAGAGGCCAGACAACCAGAGGCGUCUUCAGACGGUUUUCCUCCAGCUCAAGACCCCACUAGGUACUUUGCGAAUGCUACAUACUCACUGAUUAUACAUUCAAUUACUCUGUGUAAUUUUGUACACUCAUUAACUCUCUAUCCAGAGACUUAAACUCACUGAGCCACAAGAAUGAAGUGCAUCCACCUUCUAUUGUGAUUAAUGUCACCACCAACAUUAAGCCGUCAAGUGAGAAAGAGAACGUCUUACAGCAGGAACAACAUGGCAGCUGCGAUUCUAGAGGGGAGGUAAAGUGGUUUAAUGUAUUAUGUUAUUAGAUAAACAUACAUGCUGAUUUUAAUUUGGUCAUCCCUAUAGAAAAAAUAAACUGUUUGUUAGAGCCAUUUGUGCACCGCUGAUCAUUAGACAGAUAAUUCAUAAUUUUUGUUAUUUAUCCUGAUUAGAAUUCUGAGAGACUGAACAGUUGUAUAGUUUUACUUCAAAGUUUAAUUUAAGCCGAUUACUACCGCAGCUCUCCUAUUGGAGGAGACACGUAAUGUGAGACCUGCGGGUUUUUCUUGGCUAAUUAGUGCUGCUGUGGGUCUUUGAGAGCACAAUGGUUUUUGACCGUGUUUACAUCGGGUCUCCGUUUCAUCAUUAUUAUUCGUAAAAAGUAUCGUUUUGUUAUGCAAAGUAAACCUCCAAGUAAAUUCCAGGAAGGAAAGAUGGACAACUAUUGUGUUUUAUUAUGGAAAUAUGCGUCAACUACAUGCUCUGGUUCGUCACCCCAGAGGGUCUUCAAUCAUUAGACGGAGCUGCACUCACACUGUUGAUUUUAGGUAAAAAAUGUAACACAAAGAUAGUCUCUACAGAAGGGUAGAUGCCCUAUGAAGUGGUUAAUAGUGUUGCUGAAACAACAUUUCAGAUAUGUACAUUUGACAGUAAGAGAAGAUAGUCAGUGAGUUUUUGUUGAUAUAAAACACAAUACAAAUGUAAAAGCAAAGCAGAGGAGAAAAGAGGUACUGUUUUGUUCACAGGGGGGCGCCAAAUAUCACAUUGCAACAAUUCCCUGCAGUUUCUUUAAUGUUCAAAUGCAAACUUAUAUGAUCUCUUACUUUAGAUUAACAGUCAACUUACCUUGCUGAUGUAGUAGUAAAAAAGAGUGAGCAUUUACUGAAUAUCUCUCUCUGUCUUAAUUUUAAUGUCAAUAUUAGAUGGAACAACAACUUCAGACAAUCUGGGAAGUGUCUCAGGGUAGGUUCAUUUUCUGUCUAGUAAGUAAGCAGCCUCCUAUCAAAACAAUACAGCGAUAUAUUUUUCACUUUUCUCUUAAAUCCAUGUUAUUGUUUCUGUUCUGGAUCUGUUUAGGUCAGAGUAUUGACAACCUUGACUACGACUCAGUCCAGGACCUGUCCCUGCUGCUUGACUCUGCUGAUGAUAAGGGGAUGUUGAGGACAUUGGGGCGGUCUCUGGGCGUCCCACCUCAGGUUAUUGCUCAUCUCCAUAGCUUCCAGGACCUUUUUCAGUACCUGCGCACAUCCACGUACACACUGCUGCCCCAGCUGGCCCAGGCUGCUGCACUGCUGCCUAAUCCUCAAGUUGUUGCUAGGAUACACAGAGCCGUGGUGAACAAGUGA